AUGGACAUUUUGACCGAAGAAAUCCUCAUCGAACGGUUCGACCAACUAGUAUCCGAAGGUGUCAUCAUCUACGGCCCCCACGAUACCAUCCCUAUCGAAGCCCGAGGCUAUCCACUCACCCUCCGCAUCUGCCCCGCCCUCGCCACAAAACCCCACACCAUCGGCGCCUCCAACCCCGCCUUCCACCACGCCCGCAAAUGGGGUCCAGGCAGCGAUCUCUUCUGUCCCGACGAACGCCUCAUCCUCACCACACUAAACGGCACCCACGACCUCGCCCUCAACCUCUUCUGCGUCAAGCGCCCGCAACUCCUCCUCCCAACCACCAACAGCUGGAAGCGACAGCACGAAGCUCUGGACAUGGACGACAUGGCCGUCAUCCUGGAAACCAUGCGCCUAUUCCCCAGCAUCUACAUGCUUUACAACUGCGGCGAAGACGGCGGUUGUAGUCGCGUACAUAAACAUCUCCAAGGCCUCCCUGGACCACCCCACGCAUUCAAUCACAUUGUGAAUUCUCUCACUCAAAAUCCCCGCAACUCCUCCUUCUCCCCCGGAAUCCCCUUUGCCAUUCUCUCCCAUGACUUUUCUUCCUCGUCUCCUUCCCCACACUUGCUUUACACAGCGUAUACGGCCCUCUUGGCUCGCGCGAGCGCGCUCUUGAAUCGCCCUUGGGAUCCUGUGGUUGCGCCUCCGCAUAACGUUGUGGUUUGGCGGGGUUGGCUGUUUGUUGUGCCACGGCGCAGAGGCUCGCUUCGUGGCGCGAGUGCGAAUGCGGGUGGGAUGAUGGGUGAGGUUUGGGUGCAUGGGAGGGAGGCGGUGGAGAUUUGGGGGGAGGAUGGGAGGGGCUACCGCGCCCUCGUCACUCGCGUCAAGAACAUCAAGUCCAAGCCUGAGUCGGGCAGCCCCAGAAAUGCUCCACAGGUGGGCAAGGUCGAUCGCCGACUCAAGGCGACCAUCAAUCGCUACCAGACGCUCGAGGCAGACUUUAGGAGAGACUCGCAGGCGGCUGCUGAGCGCCAGUACCGCAUUGUGCGCCCUGAUGCCACCGAUGCCGAGGUUCGCGAGGCCGUGGCAGAUCCUGAUGCGCCCAUCUUCCAACAAGCUGUAUGGUAG